CCUCUCUCUUUCGCCUCUCUCCUUUCCUGAAGUACUGCAGCGAGGGAGGACUGCAUCGAAAAAAAAAAAACCCUCUCUGUCGUGCGCUGGCAAUUACCUCUGAUCCUAUUCUACAGUAAAAAACCUACAAGAUUUUUUCUCCAUAAAGCGAAAGCGGAGUCUGAUGCAAUGGGUUACUAUCAGCUCAGUCCACUUCUCUCGCCAUAAAUGACGCCUGGCCGAUGAUUGCCACAGCCAUUGUGGGUUAUCUCCUGUGGUGACUGCAGACUUAAGAGUUUUCUUCCCUGCUGCAUCUCGAGACCCACUGAUCUCACCAUUCCUGCAAUUCCCCUGCCAGCUUACACUCACCCCUCUGCCCCUCUUUCUUCUACUUCUAAAUAUCCUCUGAACCCCUGCGAAGACCUACCAGUGGAGCCACAAUGGAGGACACUUACAAUAACAGGACUUCCCUGGCUAAGGGGGCCAAGGACAUAGUCAAGGAGGCCAAGCGGCAUGCCACAAAGAAAGUCAACAAGGUGGUGGACCGUGCCACUGAUGAGUACUCAACCCACCACAACUACAGCCGAUUCCAGGAUGAGGACGAAGAUGAGGAUUUCUACCGGAACCCCCCGAGGCAGGAUGGAGAGGGCUACCAUGACAACGAGGAGGGCUCCAGCGAUGCCACAGAGGGCCAUGAUGAUGAGGAUGAGAUCUAUGAGGGCGAGUACCAGGGGAUUCCCUCAGCAGGAGAUAGGAAGCAUAAAGAGGGCCAGGUGGCACUGGGACAACCAAUGUCAGAUGCCACAAGGGACCGUAAAGGGCUGGAGGAAGAGAGACAGGCUGAUGAGGAGGAGCUGGCCCAACAAUACGAGCUAAUCAUCCAGGAGUGUGGCCACGGGAGGUUCCAGUGGCAGCUCUUCUUAGUGCUCGGGCUGGCACUCAUGUCAGAUGGGGUGGAGGUGUUCGUGGUGGGCUUUGUGCUGCCCAGUGCAGAGACAGAUAUGUGUGUGCCGAACUCCAGCUCGGGAUGGCUAGGCAGUGUUGUUUACUUGGGGAUGAUGGUCGGCGCGUUGUUCUGGGGAGGGAUGUCUGACAAAGUGGGCCGCAGACAGUGCCUCCUCAUUUGCAUGUCCACGAACGGCUUCUUUGCCUUCCUGUCAUCUUUUGUCCAGGGAUAUGGCUUAUUCCUCCUUUGCCGCCUCUUCGCAGGCUUUGGGAUAGGAGGUGCUGUGCCCAUCGUUUUCUCAUUCUUUGCAGAGGUGUUGUCCAGGGAAAAAAGAGGAGAACACCUCAGCUGGUUGUGUAUGUUCUGGAUGAUUGGAGAGAUCUACGCGUCUGCCAUGGCCUGGGCCAUCAUACCUCACUAUGGUUGGAGUUUCAGUAUGGGCUCAGCGUACCAGUUUCACAGCUGGAGGGUGUUUGUGGUCGUCUGUGCCCUGCCCUGUGUGUGUGCUGUGGUGGCACUUACCUUCAUGCCCGAAAGUCCCAGGUUCUACCUUGAGGUGGGGAAGCAUGAUGAAGCCUGGAUGAUCCUCAAACAGAUCCACGACACCAACAUGAGAGCGCGUGGGCAACCGGAGAAAGUCUUCACUGUAAACAGGAUUAAAAUCCCCAAACAGCUGGAUGAACUAGUGGAGAUGGAGACAGAGUCUGGCAACCCAGUUUCGAAGUUUUUCUUUAGGAUAAAGACUGAAAUACAUGGGAUCUAUCUGAAUCUCAUGAAGUGCUUCAACUACCCUAUGCGAGAAAACAUGACACGACUAGCCAUAGUGUGGUUCACACUGUCGUUCGGAUAUUAUGGCCUGUCAGUCUGGUUCCCUGAUGUAAUCAAACACCUUCAGGCAGAUGAUUACGCCUCCAAAGUGAAGAUCCACAACAAUGAACGCAUUGAAGACUUCACCUUCAACUUCACCCUGGAGAACCAGAUACACAAAAAUGGCCUUUUCAUCAAUGACCGAUUCAUCCAUAUGAAGCUUAGGUCUGUCACCUUCAUUGACUCUACCUUUCAUAACUGCUACUUUGAUGAUGUGACAUCAGUGGGCUCCUUCUUCCGUAACUGUACUUUCAUUGAGGCUUUCUUCUUCAACACAGACAUCGAUGAAUCCAAGUUGGUAGAUGGCACAGAGGUGGUCAAUAGUACAUUCACACACAACAAGACUGGAUGCCAGAUGACAUUUGAUGAUGACUACAGUGCCUACUGGGUUUAUUUCAUCAAUUUCCUGGGGACACUGGCUGUUCUGCCCGGCAACAUUGUGUCCGCCCUUCUCAUGGACAAAAUUGGGCGUCUGUCCAUGUUAGGUGGCUCUAUGGUCCUUUCAGGCAUCAGCUGCUUCUUCUUGUGGUUCGGCACCAGUGAGUCUAUGAUGAUUUUCAUGUUGUGCCUUUACAAUGGCCUCAGCAUCUCUGCCUGGAACUCCCUGGAUGUGGUCACGACUGAGUCAUUCCCUACAGUCAGGAGAGGAACAGGCUUUGGGUUCUGCAACGCUCUGUGUAAGCUGGCUGCAGUCUUAGGGAACCUGAUUUUUGGCUCUCUUGUUGGCAUCACAAAGGCCAUCCCCAUUCUCAUGGCCUCAUCUGUGCUCGUUGGGGGAGGCCUGGUUGCACUCCGGUUACCUGACACCAGGGCGAAUGUCCUUAUGUAA